AUGCCGUCCGUCGAGGAAGACGUGCACGAAAGCGACAGACGCAUCUUCACGCCCCCGCCGCGCAUCGCCGCCCGCUUCUACCGACCCUCGCAGGCUCGCCGCAGAGACUCGGCCGCCUCGUCCCGCCGCAACUCCUUCUCCUCCGCCCACUCCCGCUGCUCGUCCAUCCAGCCGUCCAGCCGCCGCGAUGGCGACCAGAGCAAAUACGUCGCCCAGCACGUCCGCCGCACAAACUUUCUAGAAGACCGCCGCGCCCGGCUGGCGGACAGGGCCGCCCACGCGGAAAAGGUGCGCCUGCGGGCUGCCCUGGCCAAGGCGGCCCCGCGCGGCCAGACGACCUCGGAGGAACGCGCGCUGGCUGCGCAGCAGGCGCGGCAGCGCAACCUGGCCGAGAUCGUGGCCAACUGCGCCGAGGAGGUCAAAAAGGCCAAGCAGAUCGCCGAGUCGACCAAGGAGCGGCGCGAGCAGGAAAUCGCCAAGAUGAAGGCGCAGAUGGAGGAACGCAUGGCCGAGGCGCAGAGGCGGCGAGAGGAGCUUCGAAACAAGACGGCAGUCAAGCGUACUAGAGGACUGAGCGUCGUUACCAAGAAGCCUUCCGCGGAAGCACUAUCACACGCAAAAAAGAUGACCGACGAAGAGGCAGCCACCAAGAUUCAGACAUGGUGGCGUGGGUGUAUGAGGAGGAAAGUUCUUCAAGAGUUCCACGCUCUCGGCCUGAGCGUGGACAGCAUCAGGGAUACUUCGUUUGAUACCGUUGUUGAGCUGCUUGCUCAGGAGAAGGUGCUUCUCAUCACCGCCCGGCUUCUCCGGAUCUGCGGUCUCCAAGAGGGCGAGCCGGGCUCUGUUGAGGAGAUGGCUGCGGUUCGCACGUUCCUCAGUGCGUUUCUCAUCCUCGGCCAUCCUGACCAGGUCCUCAACAACAUGGACGACGGGGCGGAGGACAGGGAGGUGGAAGCGCAGCUGAGCCGCCAUCGACUGCCCGCCACCGAGCUGAACAAUCCUCAGCUGCAAGACUUGGUAGACAAGGCCAAGGACGUGCUGAUAUCCUUUGAGAACAUCUUGACCUGGCUGACGCCAGCCAACCGGUACACAAUGCCCCCUUCAUUGCAGACGACGCUUCAGCAGGCCUACUCGGUCUUUUACAACGCAUUCAUCGCGUGGAAGUCGAGGGACUCGAACGCCCUCAUCGAGGUCAUGCUGAUGCAGAUGGUGGAACUGGACGCCAUCUACCACACUGUCAAGGAAUCAUCAGACGAUGCCGCCGCGGCGCUCUAUCGCAAGAGCAUCGAAGACAGCCAGACCAUGCUGAUUGUACGGAUCAAGAGGCUAGCGGGCGCGGAAAGGGGCAAGAAGCUGUUCAUGGACGCCAUCAGAGAGGCGAGACGGGCACGCAAGGCCAAGAAGCAGGCUGGCGACACCAAGCCUCGCGUCGCCGACAGCGACAGCGUGUCGGGAGACGCCCAGACGACGGCCAACGACUUCGUCUCCUCCGACUCUCAUCUGCUCACGCCACCCUCGACGCCGGCCAGCAAGAGCCAGGCCAGGGCGACGACGACCGUCAAGCCCGGCCUGAACGGACUGAUUCCGGACAACCGCGUCGUCGUGCACGAGCUGGCCAUCAACAAGGAGUACCAGAUCCCGGCCGAGGAAUACGUGGAGCAGCAGGCUGCCUUCUCUCGACCUCUCUACGUCCAGAUGAGGGCGGCGAUGGGAGAUGCUUCGGACGAAGCGAAUUUCCGGAUAUUCAUGCUCAGGGCGAGCCACAUCAAGGACAAGCUGCAGCGACCGUUGAAGGAGGGUAACCCCAUGUACAACCUGAUUGGGGAGAUUUUAGACGUGGACAUUGCGCAAAAGCAGUUUGAGAUGGGAAGCUUUUCGUACGAGAAGUUCUUUUCCGCCAUGGCAUCCCUGCUGCCCAAGCUCUGCGCGCCGUUCCGCGACGAGCAGGUCAAGGACCUGGUCCAGAACAAGCUGGGCGACGGCAGCGUGAUUGACCGCAUCGAGGCCCUCGACCGGUUCGUCGACGUCAUGCUUUGCGACUACAUCAACUACCUGCUCAAGAUUGCGGCACCGCAGCUCAUCGAAUCAGCCGUUCCGUACGAGGCGAAACGAUUUGCCGAGGAGCUGGGAGACGAACAAGACAAUUUGCCCGUUGCCGAGGCGGCCUGGAGGUCGGCCAGGGACAAGGUCCUGGCGGAGGUGCACAAGCGUGAUGUCGAGGGCAUCAACCACCCCAAGUCGCGACCGACGGCGUCCAAGAUCUAUGCCCAGAUGCUCGUGGACGUCUUUACGCAGCCCACGCCGGUUGGCCCCGAGCAGGUUCCCGAGAUGCUACGCCUCGACCUGGCCCGCAUCAACCAGGUGUCGACCAUGGUGCAGCGCAUCAUCACCGUGGGCGCCGUUCUGCUGCAGUGCAAGAAUCUCCUUAAGCGCGAUGUGCGAUCGGCAUGGAAGACGGAGGCGGCGCGCGUCAUGGCCGUGCUCGAGGCCAACCACCCCUCGAUCGAGACGGCGGUCGACGGCACCAUGGCCGCUCUGGAGGCAGGACGCUCCAUGCCCGCCCCUACCAAGACUCACCUGCGGGCCCUGGUGACCAAGGUGUUGACGGCGAGUCGCGAGAUGGCCCAGCGGAGGACGGAGCCGCGGGAUCCGGUCUUGCGCCUUCUCCUCACGCGUCUACGGGGCAACAUUUUGGCUCGCCUGGCCUCGGGCUCGGCCAGCGAGAAGGUCAAGGCCGCCAAUACGGCGGGCGAGAAGCUGGCCAGCCUUGGAUUGUCCGAGUUUGUGGAGAAGGUGAGGGAGAUGUCUGACCUGCUGGACAAGGUGGGCGCGGUCGACCGAGCGGCACAUGCGCCGUGGUGGGACGUUGUUGCGACCAAGGCCCAGCAGGAAGACGGGGAUGCUUAG